AUGGAUAUAGGAGAAGCGGAGGACGAAAUCCAGUUUCUGCGAACCAGAGAUGAGUUGGUGUUGAGAUGCUGCUCAUUAGGCCCUCAUCAGCAGAAAUUGUGUUUAGCUGCAGAAGGCUUUGGUGAACGUCUGUGUUUUCUCGAGUCCACCUCCAACUCAAAGAAUGUUCCAGCAAAUCUGUGCAUGUGUGUGUUUGUUCUGGACCAGUGUCUGUCUGUCCGAGCACUGCAGGAGAUGCUGGCCAAUCGUGAAGAUCUUUGUACUGGGAAAUUUGAAUUGCUAAAUAAAUCACAGGCGGCUGGUCGUCGUACUCUGCUUUAUGGUCAGGCCGUGCUGUUUCGGCAUGCCUACAGCGACAUGUAUCUUUGCUGUCUGUCUACAUCAGGGCUCUCCUCUGACAAACUGGCUUUCGAUGUCGGUUUGCAGGAGGACACCAAAGGUGAGGUGUGUUGGUGGACGGUUCACCCUGCCUCCAAACAGAGGUCAGAGGGCGAGAAAGUGCGAGUGGGUGAUGACCUCAUCUUAGUUAGUGUUUCCUCUGAGAGAUACCUACAUGUGUCGUGGACUAACGGUGAAGGGAAUGACAGUGGUGUUGUCCGGGUGGAUGCAGCCUUCCAGCAAACGCUUUGGAGUGUGGCCCCUGUUUCCUCUGGGACUGUGAAAACACAGG